AUGACUGAGCUUCGCCAAGAACUGGAAAAGGAGAAAGCUACGAACCAACUGUUAGAAGAUCAAAUCAGCGCCUUGAAAGUGAAAGAGAGUGAAGACUGCUACGCAGAAAAGAACGACAGAAUCAGAGAAUUGGAGGAGAAACUUGCCACUGCCUCCCAAAACAUCACGGACUGUGAACAAAGCAUCCAACAUUACCAGCUGAAGCUGGCCAAGGCCGAGUAUGAACUGGAAACUACUGUGGCCAGACUUACCCAUCUCGAAAAACAGAAUACUACGAAUGCCAUGGACUCCACUGAGGUUGAAAACUUGAGGAAGGAGUGCGAAUCCGCAAAGAAAAAGCCGAGGACAAUCUUCAGAGAUACUUUAAGUCGGUCGAGGCGGUGCAAUUAUCCACAAAGCGCAAGAUGUAAGAAAAUUCAAGAAGAAAUGGAAGCUUUGCAAUUCGAGUUAGCACAAAAGAACAUGCAGAUUCAGUCACUACAAUAUGACUUGUACAAAUUGAAAGAAAAAUACGACAAUGAAACAAAAUUACUGAAGAAUGAGGUGGAAUGGGGCUUAGAAAAAGUCGGAUCGCUGAAACUGGAAAUGAAGAGGUUGAAGGAACCUGAGACAGAUGAUACUAUUAGUAUAAUGCGGUAA